GUUCUUGACUUCCGUUUGACUUCCGUUUCUCACUUCCUGUACGGUGAACCGUUUCCUGCCACAGAGCCACGUUUUUUUUUACAGUGCACUGCAGUCAGAGCGAGGCAGGAGAGGGUUAACUUCUCUGAAGCUCUUGCCGCUGCUUUGUAUGAAACCUGUCUCCACUCGCCUCGCAUACCUCAGCCUCGAGGUGUCGGCUGGUUCUCUGAGCAGAAGCUUCACAUCUGUCACAGCCAUGUUUGUCUCCAGAUUUCUCUGCAGAGCGAGACACCGAAUCAACACAUGUGGUCCGGUGUGGUGUGUCGCCUCCAGGUUCAGCACUCAACCUCCAGCUAAAG